ACCCCACAGAGUACUAUUACGCUGAGGUAUCUUACAUAUUUUAACCACCCAGACGCACUCAACACGCUGGCAUUCCCCACAGGACUCAUUAGUUAAUCAUCACCACCAAUUAUGGCUUUCACGUCGGGAUCAAACGUACUGUUGAAGAACAUCCCAUAUCAAUUCAAGGAUGUGUCCCUACUUGAUAACAGAGCCUACAUUGGAGGUAAAUGGUUGCCGGCCGAGUCCGUAGCUACUUUUCCAGUCUUUGAUCCUGAAGACAACGUGGUAAUCUUUCGCGUUGCCAAUCUUACCGAUGUGGAGGUUCAUAAAGCUAUUGAUGCGGCACAAACUGCCUUUCUCACCUAUAAAGAGUUUAGCCAUCGGAAGCGAAGGCAACUCUUGCAUCAAUGGAUUACAAUUGUAAAGGAAAAUCGAGACGAUUUGGCUGCUAUUUGCACACUCGAAAUGGGCAAACCGAUCACCGAGUCAUAUGUCACUGUUGACUAUGGCCUCAGCUUCUUAGAGUGGUUUGAGGGCGAGAUUGAGCGAUUGUAUGGAGAGACUAUCCCUGCGGCUCGAGAAAACAAUCGAAUCUUCACAACUCGAGAGCCACAGGGAGUAGUAGCUGCCAUUACCCCUUGGAAUUCCCCUAUCGCCAUGAUCCUGCGCAAAGUUGGGGCCGCCAUUGCGGCUGGUUGUACUGUCGUGCUCAAGCCAGCUCCAGAAACCCCAAUGUGCGCCAUUGCUAUUGCAAAACUCUUCGAACGCGUUGGUUAUCCGGCUGGUACUCUCAAUAUUGUCACGGGGGAUGCCGCUUCCUCGCCCAACAUAGGUAAUGAGAUGUGUCGUAAUAAGCUGGUUCGCCACCUAAGCUUCACAGGCUCUACUGCUGUGGGUAAAUUUCUCAACGGAGAAUGUGGGAAAUCGUUGAAGAAAACCAGCAUGGAGCUUGGAGGCAACGCACCAUUCAUUGUCUUUGAAGACGCCGACAUCCAGAAAGCGGUUGACGGCCUAAUUUCGUCCAAGUUCAGAUCAUCAGGACAGACGUGCGUAUGCGCGAACCGCGUCUUUGUGCACCGCUCCAUCAUGAGCGAAUUCGCCGAAAAGCUACACGCGACGCAGAAGAAGAUCUUUGUUUAUGGCUCGGUAUGGGAUCCAAAGGUGAAUUUUGGGCCACUGUAUUCGUCCAGUGGACUUGAAAAGGUCAAGAAGCAUUUGGAAGAUGCGCUCGCAAAUGGAGCGACAGUCUUUGACAAAACUUCCAUUAUGGAAAACCAAGGACCAAACUUUUUCCCUCCCACAAUUCUACUAAACUGCAAUACAGAGACGAUGCAAUUCGGCAGCGAGGAGACGAUUGGCCCACUGGCUCCAUUAGUUCCGUUUGACAGCGAAGAAGAAGUCUUGAGGGUGGCAAACACGUACGAAAGCGGGCUUGCCUCAUACUUCUACACAGAGAAUAUAUCGAGGCUUCGGCGAGUGGCUGAGGCUCUGAACACAGGCAUGGUCGGAGUACGUGUGGGCCUUGUCAGUGCCUGCGAACAACCAUUCGGAAGCGUCAAGGAGAGCGGCAUUGGCCGAGAAGGAUCCAAGUUUGGCGUCGAAGACUACACCAAUGUGAAGAGCAUCACAGUAGGAAUAUGACGUGGUAGCCAUAAUGAAGAAAACAAACACGUCACCGACUUCUAUACAUUAUAUACCAUGGCCGCAUAGUACUACAUGUAAUAUUACGC